AAGAAAGAUCAAGCACAAAAUAAGAUUACAAAUCAAUUCUUCAAUUUUUCAAAUAACCUAGAUAAUGAAACAUCAAAUGAGCUGCAAAUAGACAAAAUAGAAGAAUCUGACAAUAUUGCUGAGAACAUUCUCACAAACCUUGCUGAUAAUAAUCAUGCUGAAACAUAUAACAAUUGA